AUGACCGAAGGUGGUGUUUCGGUUGCUCCGAAUCAGCAACAACAACAACAAACGCAGACCGAAGAGAGCUCCUUCUCUUGGGAUGAAAUCAAACAUCUUUUGCAAGACUCGGAUGUGUUCCAAUUGAGCAGCAGAAAGGCCUGGACCCAAGUCCUCAUGACCAUUGGCUUACUCACUUUGGGUAUUGUUGCUGCUGCGCAAUUUCCGUGGUACUUGUUGCCUGUGAGUUGGAUUUUCAUUGGUUUGUCUGCUACAGGAUUGAUGGGUGUCGCCUAUGCUUGCAGUGAGAAUAGAUUCUUCAAUCACCGCACCAUGCCUGUGUGGGUCAAUGAUCUAGUUGGUGUUAUUUGUAUGUUGCCAUUGCUGUAUCCUUUUGAGACUUUCAAGUCCAUGUACAGCAGAAAGACUGAGCAAGAUGCAUCCUCCAAUGGACCAAACUCUACUAACGAAGAAGAUGAAGGCUUUUUCAUGAAGACUUUGGUUUUCAUGUUGAAGAGUCCAUUGUGGUUCUUGUCUUCAAUUAUUGAGUGGUUCAGAGCCAACAUUUAUUUUGAAAGUAAGAGAAGUAUUGUCAUCAAUGCUGUCGUUCUCUACGCUUUCGCUGCUGCAUUCUUCAGUCUUAUGCUUUACUUUGUUGGAUUGUGGGGCUUGAUUAAAUUCUAUGUGGCUCCUCUCAUUGCCUAUCACUUGAUUAACUCAACCUUCAUGAAGGUCAACGAUGCCGAUGCCAAGAAGAACAGAAUUACUCACUUCCCAUCCAUCAUUGAGUUCUUGACCAAUUAUGCCAACCAUUCCUACAGAAUCAAACUCAAGUGGAAUAAGAAGAAUAAGAAUGGAGGAGAUAUUACUCAAAGCUUGAAAGAGAAAUUGACAAACCUUGUUCCAAAUUACAAUUGGAAUAAGGCCAAGAAUGCUCUCCGUGAGAAGUUUGGUAAGAAUUUGGAAAAGAUUGGAGGCACUAGUUUCUUCUCUGCUCUCUCCUCUACUUUUGAGAAUGAAGUUGAUUUGAGAAAUAUUGACUGGUUCAUUACCAUCUAUUUGAUUGGAUCUCUUGUUGGUUCAAUUUAUGGAGUUUUGACUGCAGCUUGGAAUUGGAAGACCUAUCUCCUUUCUUUCAUUGGAUACUAUGUUGCUGGAAUUGGUAUCACCGCUGGUUACCACAGAAUUUUCGCUCACAGAAGCUGCUCUGCUAACUGGCCAACUCGAGUCUUCUUCAUGCUUUUAGGUACAUCUGCAUUCCAAGGUAGCGUUGUGAAUUGGAGCGCAGACCACAGAAGACACCAUCAAUAUGUUGACACCGAUAGAGAUCCUUACAACAUUAAGAACUCCUUCUUCUAUGCUCACAUGGGUUGGUUGUUGUGGAAGAGAGAAGUUGACACUACCAAUGCUAAGGAUUUAUUGGCCGAUCCUGUGAUCAAAUUCCAUCAUGAUAAUUAUCCAGUUUUGGCUUUACUUUUAGGUUAUAUUAUUCCAAUGUGUAUUGCAGGUUUCGGAUGGAGUGAUUGGUAUGGCGGCUUUUUCAUUGCUGGAGUAUUAUCCAAGACUUUCCUUCAACAUUGCACAUUCUUUAUUAACAGUUUAGCUCACACUUGGGGAACAUCGACAUUCAAUGAUGACCACACCGCCAAAGACUCAUAUCUUGUCAGCUUAUUCACAUUCGGUGAAGGCUAUCACAACUUCCACCACACUUUUGCCUAUGAUUAUAGAAAUGGUGUUCAUUGGUAUCACUAUGAUCCUGGAAAGUGGAUCAUUUAUACAUUAUCUUUGAUUGGAUGGACUUAUGAUCUCAAACGUUGUGAUCCAUUUCACUACGAGAAGGGAAGAAUUAUCAUGGAACAGAAAAAUCUUGACGAUGAAAAGAAGCUUUACAAUUGGGGUACUCCAAUCGAUCAAUUACCAACCAAGACUUGGGAAGAUUUUGAAAAGGACAAGAAGGAAAAGUCCUUGGUCAUUAUUGACAAUGUCGUUCAUGAUGUGACUAAUUUCAUGCAUGAACAUCCAGGUGGCGAAGCUAUCUUGAAGAGCUAUCUUGGUCGUGAUGUCACCUCUGCCUUCAAUGGAGAUGUCUACAAACAUACCAAUGUUGCCAAGAACAUUCUUGCUCAAAUCAGAAUUUACAAACUUCCACCCAAACAAAAGCAACAAUAA